AUGCCGACCACCACCCCGCCCCCAGCCAACCUCCCAGGACACAGACAACAUGCCGCCCACCACCCCACCCCCAGCCAACCUCGCAGGACACAGACAACAUGCCGACCACCACCGCCCCUAGUCAACCUCCCAGGACACAGACAACAUGCCGACCACCACCCCGCCCCCAGCCAACCUCCCAGGACACAGACAACAUGCCGCCCACCACCCCACCCCCAGCCAACCUCCCAGGACACAGACAACAUGCCGACCACCACCCCGCCCCUAGUCAACCUCCCAGGACACAGACAACACCACCAUAGCCAACCUCCCAGGACACAGACAACAUGCCGACCACCCCCCCCCCAGCCAACCUCCCAGGACACAGACAACAUGCCGACCACCACCCCGCCCCCAGUCAACCUCCCAGGACACAGACAACAUGCCGCCCACCACCACCCCCCACCCCCAGACCAACCUGCCGACCCCAGGACAGGACACAGACAACAUGCCGCCCACCACCCCGCCCCCAGCCAACCUCCCAGGACACAGACAACAUGCCGACCACCACCCCGCCCCCAGCCAACCUCCCAGGACACAGACAACAUGCCGCCCACCACCCCGCCCCCAGCCAACCUCCCAGGACAACAUGCCGCCCACCACCCCGCCCCCAGACAACAGCCCUCCCAGGACACAGACAACAUGCCGACCACCACCCCGCCCCUAGCCAACCUCCCAGGACACAGACAACAUGCCGACCACCACCCCGCCCCUAGCCAACCUCCCAGGACACAGACAACAUGCCGCCCACCACCCCACCCCCAGUCAACCUCCCAGGACACAGACAACAUGCCGCCCACCACCCCGACCACCACCCCCCCUACCAACCUCCCAGGACACAGACAACAUGCCGACCACCACCCCGCCCACCACCCCGCCCCCCAGCCAACCUCCCAGGACACAGACAACAUGCCGCCCACCACCCCGCCCCCAGCCAACCUCCCAGGACACAGACAACAUGCCGCCCACCACCCCAGCCAACCUCCCAGGACCCCAGCCAACCUCCCAGGACACAGACAACAUGCCGCCAACCUCCCACCACCCCGCCCCCAGCCAACCUCCCAGGACACAGACAACAUGCCGCCCACCACCCCGCCCCCAGCCAACCUCCCAGGACACAGACAACAUGCCGCCCACCACCCCGCCCCUAGUCAACCUCCCAGGACACAGACAACAUGCCGCCCACCACCCCGCCCCCAGUCAACCUCCCAGGACACAGACAACAUGCCGCCCACCACCCCGCCCCCAGUCAACCUCCCAGGACACAGACAACAUGCCGACCACCACCCCGCCCCUAGUCAACCUCCCAGGACACAGACAACAUGCCGCCCACCACCCCGCCCCCAGUCAACCUCCCAGGACACAGACAACAUGCCGCCCACCACAGACCCGACCACCACCCCCCCCAGUCAACCUCCCAGGACACAGACAACAUGCCGACCACCACCCCACCCCUAG